AUGCGUGAAGAUGAUUCAGAAAUUAAUGAUGAAAGGACGAAACCGAAAAAAAUUGAAACCACAUUGGAAACGUCGAAGAAAGAAAUUCAAAAUCUAACAAAUAGUAGUUCAAAUUCCAAUAAAAAUGAUUCUAAUGAUUCUAAUGAUAUUACUCAAAUAUGGUUACCAGUUAAUCCACAAGUAUGGACAGAAGAAAAUAUUCAAAGUUGGAUUAAUUGGGCAACAAAAGAAUUUAAAUUAGAAAUUGAACCAGAUAUUUCUCGUUUUCCAAAAAAUGGUAAAGAAUUAUGUGAAAUGACAAAAGCUGAUUUUUGGGUAUGUGCUGGUUCUAGAUUAGGUGGUAUACAAUUAGCAAAACAUUUAGCAUGGAGAUUACAUUAUGCGACGGGUAGAGAAACAAGUCCAAUAUUAAAUGAUGAUGAACCAAAUCCAUAUCAGCUUUUAAAUGCUGCUUCACACCGAUUGGUAGCACAAGGUUCAGGUCAAAUUCAAUUAUGGCAAUUUUUACUUGAAAUGCUUGCGGAUUCGUCAAAUUCAUCUUAUAUUACAUGGGAGGGACAUAAUGGUGAAUUUAAGCUCUUAGAUCCAGAUGAAGUCGCUCGAAGAUGGGGUGAACGUAAAGCUAAACCAAAUAUGAAUUAUGAUAAACUUAGUAGAGCUUUAAGGUACUAUUACGAUAAAAAUAUUAUGACAAAAGUACAUGGAAAACGUUAUGCAUAUAAAUUUGAUUUUCAUGGAUUAAUGCAAGCUUGUCAAGCUCAAUCACAAGGCUGUGAUGCAACAAGUGCUAUGUUAACUGCAUCUGCAAAUUAUAAACAUCAUCAUCAUCAUCAUCAUCAUCCACAUCCAUCACAUAUUCAUCCAUUAGCUGGUCAUCAUUCAGGAUUUCAUUCACAAAGUGAUUUACAAUCACCAUCUCCUAUGCAAUUAGUAUCAGCUGGUCCAUCACCUUCAUCAUCAUCAACUUCAUUAAGCCCGUAUGCCAGUCCAACUUCAGCAACUGUUACUACAGCAUCUGGUAUACAAACAACAGUUUCAUCUGGUACUAAUAUAACAACAAGAUCUCCUUCAAAUACUAUAAAUAUACCAUCUUCAAUAUCAUUAUUAUCAUCAACAAUUAAUACAUCAGGAUCAAUAAUUGGUAGUGGAGGUUCGAGUUGUACAAAUACUGGAGUUUCAAUACAAGCUGGUCAUACAAGUCAUCAAUUUGUUGCUGCUGUAACUGCUCACAGAUUUCCAAGCACAUCAUAUUGGCCAUAUUCUCCGCCACCAAAUUAUGAACCAAGACCGUCAACAUCAUCGUCAAUAGGUCAUGCAUUUACCACUAAUACUAUGAUUACACACCAGUAA